UGAGAGAGAGAGCGAACGCGCGCGUCAAGUGUUGGACACGACGCGUUUGUUCCCUGACUCAGGAAACACCUCCUCCCUCAUCCACCGACCGACAUGGAGUCGUUGCAGCGUGAGAACCAGCAACUGCUGGACGUCAUCAACAGCAACCGCGCCGCCAAGCGUGAUACCUCCUUGCUUCAGACCACUUCCAGCAUCGAGUCCCUGCACAACUAUCGCCUCCGAUCUCGCCGCGUUUUGACCGGUCACUAUGGCAAGAUCUUCUCCAUGCACUGGGCGGCCGACUCCCAGCACCUCGUCUCGGCCUCUCAAGAUGGCAAGCUCAUCGUCUGGGAUGCCUAUUCCUCGGCCAAGCUUUACGCCAUCCCGCUCCGCUCGUCCUGGGUCAUGACCUGCGCCUACUCGCCCUCGGGCAACUAUGUGGCAGCUGGUGGCCUCGACAACGUCUGCUCCAUCUUCGAGCUUGCUCAGCAAGACGAGAACAAUGGUGCCGUCAAGCGCGAGCUCUCCUUCCACACCGGCUUCUUGUCGUGCUGCCGCUUCAUCAACGAUCGUCAAAUUCUGACCUCUUCCGGCGACCACACCUGUGCCCUCUGGGACAUUGAGCGCGGCCAGCCGAUUACUGUCUUCAAAGGUCAUGCCGGCACGGUGACGGGCAUCAGCUUGACGCCCGACGGCCAGACGUUCGUGUCUGGGGCUUGCGAUGCCACCGCCAAGCUGUGGGAUCUCCGUGAUGGCAAGUGCAAACAAACUUUCGAAGGGCACGAUCACGAUAUCAACACCGUCUCCAUGUUUCCCAACGGAAUGGCCUUUGGUACCGGCUCGGAUGAUGGCACCUGCCGCCUCUUUGAUAUUCGUGCCGACCAAGAGCUCAUGACCUACCGCCCGGCCGAAGAAGGCGCCAAGGUCUUCUCCGUGGGCUUUGGCAAGAGCGGUCGCCUUCUCUUUGCAGGAUGCGAGGACUUUAACUGCAACGUCUUUGACACACUCAAGGGCGAGCACAUCGGCGUGUUGGCUGCACAUGAGAACCGCGUCAGCUGUGUCGGUGUCAGCGAUGACGGCAUGGCCCUCUGCACUGGCUCGUGGGAUACGACGCUGCGUGUCUGGACCGCGUAAUGGCCUGAGGCGCGCUUCUCUCCCCCUCCUCUCAGUGCAUGUCCUCAAACUUGUCUUGUAUUGCGUGGCUUCGUGCGUUGUGCCCAUCCACCAGGGUAGGGCACUUUUGCUCUUUUGUUUCCUACCUUGUCUGCUUUCGUUUUGUCUCCUUGUCAUCACAAGGCCGUGCCCUUUUACCCGCUGUUGAUGUUUUUGUUUGGUCUCUCCUUUCCCUUUUUUGGCUUGCGUUGUCUUCUUGGUAGUCGUGACCCGCCUCGACGAGUGCGUCGCUUGUCCGGGAAUACUUGGUCAGUUGCCCGGCCAUUGGUGUUCCUGUAAAGCAACUGGUCGUCCAACGUCCCGAGAAUGCAAAAUUGAUGCCAUGUUAUCUUU